CAAAGUGUUUAGAAAAGUUUUUAACAAAGAUUUUAACCUUGGGUUCCAUUUGCCUAAAAAAGAUAAGUGUUCUUUGUGUGAGGUACGAAAAGAUAAAGAAUAUCAAGAAAACACUACGUCGAAAGAGGAGUACGACAAACAUUUAAAAGACAAGGAAGAAAGUAAAGAACUAUUUUUAGAAGAUCAAAAGAAAGUCAAAGAAGUCUCAGAUUCAGUUUGUUCCAGCUUUGAUUUACAGAAAGUCUUAAAUACUCCCCAUGGGGAUAACAUGUUAUUGUACUACUCUAGAAAAUAUUCAUUUUACAAUGAAAGCAUAUACGAAACGCCAUCGCAAGAUGGAUACUGCUUUUUGUGGGGUGAAUCCGAUGGUAAUCGUGGGUGCAACGAAAUAUGCACCAUCAUUUACAAUUACCUAAAAAUGUUAGAUGAUAGAGAUAUUAGACAUGUUAUUUUGUACUGCGACAGCUGCGCCGGACAAAAUAAAAAUAGAGCAAUGUUGGUCAUGAUUCACUUAUUUUUGCAAAAAUCAAAAAAUAUUAAAACCAUCAAAAUUGUAUUUCUUUUACCGGGGCACACCUACAUGCCUGUGGAUUCCAUACACGCAGUUAUCGAAAGGUUCAUCAAAAAUAGAAUUAUAUGGGCCCCUUCAGAGUGGAGCACCAUUAUAGGAAAUUGCAGAGUUAACCCGAGGCCAUAUAAAGUUAUAAAGCUUGAGCACUUUGAGUUCAAAAAUUGGAAGAAGCUAGGGGAUGAGCAGCUCGUCCUUACAAAAACAGGGCUAAAAAUGAAUAGUGUAAGACAAGCUUUUUUUCAAAAAGGAUCACCGGAAGUCGCAGUCAAAUAUACCUAUGACAGAAGUCCUGAAUACGAUUUGUGUUUUGAGUUGAACUACAAUAAGGGUGGUCGAAAACGACAAGAAAAGGCCUUUUCUGAACCUGAAAGAAUUUAUAAGCAACUGCUUUCAAUAUCCGAAUUAAAAAGAAGGGAUUUGGAUAAACUUUGCAAAAACAAUGUCAUACCUGCCAGGUUUCACGAUGAAUUUUUUAAACUGAAAUCAAAGUCUUCUGUUCAAGAUGAGUUAGCAGAGAGUGAUGCAGAGGAUGACAAGGAGGAUGAAAGCUCCGAAUCUUAAUAAAAAAUAAUAUGUAUUUUUUACUACUUAGUAAGAAUUUAACAGUUGAUUUCUGUAACGUUAUUUUAUGUGUUUUUUUUAUAAUAAACGAUAACUUUUAAUUCUU